GCGAGCGCGUGAGUACUGACAGAGCUCCUCUCCAAUGGGAGCCGCGCAGGGGAAGGCGCAGCGAACUCCUCUGACUUUACUACGAAGCUGAAGCGCAGCCAAGGCGAUGGAGAGAAACCGCGUCAAAAUGCUCGUUUAAUGCUUGAAGAUAAGUAAGAUGCCCGGUUUAGUGUCAUGCCUUGGCGAUCUAAUAGUCACUGGAAUCCUCAUCCUCUUUUCUGACCACGUCCAAUCAGAGAUAUGGACCAAUGAAGUUUCAGACGUCCAGUACGGUGGACUGGGCUCCAGGGUCACGCUCACAUGUGGAGGCGCUCACGGCGGGUCUCCGGUGGAAUGGCGGUUCAAUGGGAGCUCAGUACCGACGGGGCAAACACACAAGGGCUCGCUUACGCUACUGAACACCACACACUCGAUGGAAGGCAACUACAGCUGCCAUGAUGAACGAGGAACUUUACUGCAGUCCAUCAAACUACGGCUGGGCCAUCCGCCUCAUUUCGUCAGAGUUUCUUGUCGUGUGCCGAAUCAUAUGAACAUCUACUGCUCCUGGGUACAAACUAAGACAACACACCUGCCCACGAUAUACACAACCUCCUACAGUGUUAAUAAAGCCAGGGAGGUGGAUCCCUGCAAGCAGGAGCACAUUGGGGUGAAUGAGUGUAUGAUUACUAACCCACCGUUCUGGACCUCAAAGGUCCUGGUGAACAUCACCGAAAUCAACCCUCUGGGAUCCAACUCCACCAUCAUCCAGAUAGAUGUUCAUGAACUCUUGAAGCCGGAUCCUCCCGAGGACGUCCGAGUUCUUCAGGUGGAAGGUCAGCCCACUCAGUUACUGGUGCAGUGGAGUUGUCCUUCAUCCUGGCCGGCUAAAAUCCUGCCCGCUUUUCCCUUAACCUUCUCACUGCGCUACCGGCCGAUCGGCUCCAGCUACUGGUCGACACUGGAGACAGAGGAGAACACUAGUCUAAAGAUCAUGGACGCUCUAGUGGGUCACCUGCAUCAGAUCCAGAUCAGAGCUCAGGACGCCCUGAUCAACCACAGCCAGUGGAGUGAAUGGAGUCAUGUGGUAGAGGCCCGGCCGUGGAUCCAGCCUUGGGAAGAGCCAACCGAGGAACUGGUGGAUUUUAGCUUUCCAUUUUUCAACUUGUCAUUUCCAGUGAGGACCACUGACAAGUCUCCAGAUUCAUCAUUACACCAGAAUGGAAGCCUCGGACUGAUGAUUUUGUUGGGGCUGUUUGCAGCGGUCAUGGUGGCUGUGUUAUUAACUAUCAUCGCACUUCUACGGGUCAGACAAAGAAAACAGGACAAUGUGAAGAAACAAGAACUGACUUCCAUGGUGAAGAUGAAGUCCAUACCGAUCUAAAAUCUGAGAAGUUGGCCGUCUCCAGUUCGGCCCUCAUAGGGCAUCAGUAUAGGGAAUCAGCACCACUGACAGACUCCAUUACCCACAAUCCACCUCUCCUCACUCUGAGUCCCGUGAACUGUGAACAUGAACAGUCUCCAAUGUAGCACAAUGCAAUGGAAAAAACACAAGGAUUUCCUUCCUCUUUUUAUAGCAAAAUCUUGGACAAUGUAAAGCAUAUUUUUGUAUUGUUCUUUUCCUUCCCAUAUUCCCCGCACUCCACUGGACUCCACUUCUGACACACGCUGUGCUGUGAAAGGCAUUUGGCCGGACGCACGCAGCAUACGGGGCAUUAUGGAGAAAGUGGCGAAAAAGACACUCUGUAACCUUUAGACAGCUGCUAUCUUUGGAAGACAGAAGGUUGGCGAAGGAAGCGUAGUCUUUCUGUUGAGAGACAAAGACUGCUUUGUCUUUCUUCCUGCGAGAUUCCUUCACAGAAAGCGCCGCCCAGAACCGGUGGACAGACACAUCUGCAGUUGAUUGGCGUCGUCUGGUUAGUUCCCAUCCAGAUGUGGCAUCUAAAGCAUCGAGUUCUCGCUAACAAACUCCCGUAAAAUGCAUUUCACCAUGACAUCAGCCUCGGAGUUCAUGUCUUGACCGUAAACGCCGGCGACGGUUACGAACUCGCUUCAAUGCCAUAAAUGCAUUUGGUUUCUCUGGACUUUCUCUGCAUUGAAUCGAGACAUGAAUGUAAAUCAGUCUUACAGCGUCACAUUUGGAAGGUGAUUAAAGCUGAUUGUUUUUAUGUUGAAGCUAGUAAAUAUUCACAAUAUUAAAUUCUAUUGAAGCUCAUCUAUAAAGUGAUAUCGUUAGACAUUUAUGCAGUUAUAUUGUAUGAUAGUUUGUAUACAGCAUACUGUUCUGUUGUACAUUGCUCUCCAGUGACAUAAAGCUCGAUGCAUGCGUUUUUGUAAUUCUUUUAAAAUGUAUGAUUUUAUUGAAUGAUAAGAUUUUAGUAUGCAUAUCCUUUCUAUAGGUACACACAAACAAAAAUAAGAAACGUUGUCCAAAGAAAGACAUAAAGUGGUUCAUGUCUGGAAUAUGUAUCUGUGGAAGCUUGUUUUUUUAUCCAUGGGAUAAAAAAAUUAAUUGUGACUUUUUUUAAUCUCGCAAA